AAGCAAAUUCUGAUUCUGACAGAAUGGGACCCUUCCAGGACUACGAGGAAAAGAAGUCACCAGAGAAGCUGAGCGCGCGAAGCCGCAUCCCCCGUCCAACCUUCUGUCUGCCAUCCUCGCCCAAAGGGAAACGCUCACCUAUGCCCGAGCAUCCGUUUUCUGAAGACGAACACAAGGAAUGCGACAUAAGCUCAAAAAGAACAAUCAGCCCAAAUAGCUUCUCAUCUGAUGACACAGGGUGCCCGAGUAGUCAGUCUGCUUCUCCUGCCCAAACGCCGUCCGCUUCCGACAACAGCCCCCUAUGCUCGCCGACCCUCUGCGAGCGCAAAGCCCAGACCAAGAGGAGGGUGAGGGUGGACGUGAUGGCGGAGUGGGGCACCAGGAGUCCCCCUACGCCCCCCACCAGGAGCUCCCCCACACCCCCCACCUCCACCUCCACCUCCACCAGGCACAAGAGGGAACAGCGCUCAUCCAACAGGCCCAGAGGUAGCGAAGCAGACUUCAGCUCCUCCAGCAGUGCAGGAAGCCUCAAGACCAGAGAAUCCCUGUCCAGCUCCACAGGCAAAAAGACAUCUUCACGCAGCCGUGGUACUCACAUCAGAAGUCUGCCCGUGUUCAAGCCUCCCGGGAGCCCCCAUGUUUCCCGAGACUCAGACCUCUACGCCCCCUUCAGGACGCCCCCCAAAGCCCCCUCCUCAUCCACCACCAGCAGCAGCAACUCCAGUCCCACCACCAGGCGGGCGCGCACCACACGCUACCACUCGUGUGGGGACAACCACGGCAUCCGACCCCCAUACCCCGAGCAGUACCUGACCCCCCUGCAGCAGAAGGAGGUUACCAUCCGACACCUGCGCACUCAGCUCAGGGAGGCAGAGACCGUCGUUCAUGACCGAGAGUCUGAGAUCGAGGAACUGAAGGGCCAGCUGGGCCGCAUGCGUGAGGACUGGAUCGAGGAGGAGUGUCACCGCGUGGAGGCGCAGCUGGCCCUGAAGGAGGCGCGCAAGGAGAUCAAGCAGCUGCGGCAGGUGGUGGAGACCAUGAAGAACAGCCUGGUGGAGAAGGACAAGGGCAUCCAGAAGUACUUCAUCGACAUCAACAUCCAGAACCGCAAGCUGGAGUCGCUGCUGCACAGCAUGGAACUGGCCCAGAGUGGCUCCACCGACGACGGAGACGGAGACGCAGAUGAGGAGGAGGAGCCCACCCUGGACUACACCUGCGACUCACCCCAGAAGACACCAGGGAAGACACCCACCACGGACAAGAUAGAGGAAACAGACGAGGGAGGAGGAGGAGGGGAGGACGACUGCAAUAUCAUCAAGGAGGAUGGGGAGGGGAUGAUGGCAGUUGCCAAGGAGGAGAUGGUGGACAGUGGACUGCUGGCCGGUUACGAGACCGAGGCCGACCGGACAGACAUUCUGCAGCAGGUCCUCAUGUCCACCGCUGUAGACUGCAGCCAGAACCCCAGCGUCACGCACACACUAGCCCCACCCGGACUAUCCACUCUGGGCCACAGUGGUCUGGAAGAAGACCCCUCCACCACCACAGCCGCCGAUCAGUCCUCCUGCUGCUCCUCCUUCUCUCUCGAGCCCCCUCUACCAGCACAGCUACUACCACCACAGUCACCGCCCCCACAAUCACAGCCCACAAUUGUCCUCCAGAGCACAUCAGAGCACAAAGCGGUUCAAACUGAAGACCUGUCCUACACUCCAGACCUGCAGGCCCUCCUCCUACAGCUGCUGAAGCUGCAGGGAGGUGGAGCUUCCGGCUCGGAACUCCUUCCCCCUGGCCACAUUCUAGAACUCCCAGCCCAAGAGGAUUCCGACCACAAUAAGAGCGCCGAUUCGACCUUGGCCGAUUCGACUCGUCCGUCUGCCUCCGUGACCCCGGGGAGCACCGGCGGUUCUGAUUCUGAUUCUGGCCUGGGCCACUCCGAGCCGCCCAGCCCCCGUUUCAUGGAGGAGCUGGACUUUGGGGUGCCGAGGGGGGUCAGUCCACGCAAGGUCGACUCGGCGUCAUCAUCGAUGACUGUCGCGGAGAAGCGAUACUGGAGCAGCAGCUUCCUGGUGGAUCUGGUGGCCGUGGCUGCUCCGGUGGUCCCCACAGUGGCCUGGCUCUACUCCCGCCACGGGAUCGGAGGGGAGGUGCCGGUGUACAACAUCGCAUCGCUCAUCCGCGGCUGCUGCAUCAUGGGACUGCACACCCUCCGCCACGUCACUCGCGGCCCCAACAUGUAAUUGGCUAACAGCACCGCACCUCACCCCCUCGCCGCCCCUUGGCAUGCACAAUCUGACCCCAACGAGCACUUGAUCAUCGCCUAACAAACUAGGUUAUUUGUUAUUGUUUUCUAUUAUUUUUGUUUUGUACAAUUUGUAUAUAAAAUCACUAUAUAUUUUGCUGGCAUUUUCUUUUUUGUCUUUGCACUCUUGUUAAGUUGCCGUAGGUUUAGGCAAAAUGUUAAAAAACAAAGGGAUUUCUGUGUUUAUUGUUUAUUAUUCAUUGGACGUUAAGACUUUGUUUUUGAUGAUUUCUGGUACCUGAUCACUAGGCUAUAUUAUUUGUUGUAAUUGUGCAGUUGUUUGGCUAGUCUACUGUAUUUGUUCCCUGCUUUUAUACGAAGAGUGAGUGAGCGAGUGUGGACAGUAGCACUGACUGACUGUCAUCGGAAAUGUUGCACUUGAAUAACCUGAAGGACCUGUUGUUAAUGUUCCGCUUCCGUGAAAGAAGUGUUCCAAAAUGAAUUCUCCUGCCAAAGCUUUUGUCCCUACACAGUUUGUGCUUGGUGACACCAUGUAUUUUUGUCCUUCAGAUUAGAGCUUUUUACAUGUUCCUUUUCGUGUACCGAUCUGUUCAUAUUGACAAGUCAAUGCUACAGUACAACUGAACACUUGUAACGUGCCUGAGCAAUGUGCAAUAUCAUUUGUUUCUAUCAGAUGUCCUAAUAUAUUUAUUAUUAUUAAAGCAUGGUACCCCUAAUAUA